UUAAAUAUAUGCAGGCCUUCAAUUUGAUUUUAGUUGUUUCGGAACCAGUGACAAAAUCUUGAGAUUUUAACUCAAGACGGAUUAAGUGAGCAAAGAAAAAUUUACAACAAUUCCUGUUAAAAUUAAAGGCUUUUUGCCUCAAAAGUGAAAAAAAAAAAAACAUUCUAAAACCUAAAAGCUUAACCAAAAAAUAAUUUAAAAUCUGCCACCAAGAUGAUGCAACGUCAACAAUCAUUCGAAAAGCCCACUCGCAUUGAUGGCUCAUCAUACAUUGUCGAGGGCAUAGACGCCAAGGAGGCCCGCAAUACUUGCCUGGUGUUCUCCACCAAAGAACAAUCUAGCGGUUCUUUGGCCAAUUCCUUGAAGAUCUUCAAGAAACACAAUGUCAAUUUGGUUCAUAUUGAAUCACGCUCCUCACUUCGUGUUCCCGGCUAUGAAUUUUUUGUGGAGUGUGAUGCCAAAUCUGAUGGCUUGGGCAAAGCCAUUGAGGAGUUGCGCGAGCUCUCAACCUAUUUCAAUGUGAUUUCUCGCGAUUACAAGGACAAUGUCUCGGCUGUGCCAUGGUUCCCUCGCAGAAUUCGUGAUUUGGAUCGUUUUGCCAAUCAAAUUCUGAGUUAUGGCGCUGAAUUGGAUUCAGAUCAUCCUGGUUUCACCGAUCAAACAUAUCGUGCCAGAAGAAAAUAUUUUGCUGAUAUUGCCUAUAACUAUAAACAUGGCCAACCUCUGCCUCAUGUUGACUACACAGCCGAGGAAACUGAAACCUGGGGCAUAAUGUUCAGACAUUUGACAAAGCUGUACAAGACCCAUGCCUGUAAGGAAUACAAUCAUGUCUUCCCCUUGUUGGUGGACAAUUGUGGAUUCCGUGAGGAUAACAUUCCACAGUUGGAAGAUGUUUCCAACUUCUUAAGAGAUUGUACUGGUUUUACUCUACGCCCCGUUGCUGGUCUAUUGUCUUCCCGCGAUUUUCUGGCUGGCUUGGCUUUCCGUGUCUUCCACUCCACCCAGUAUAUUCGUCAUCCCAGCAAACCAAUGUACACUCCUGAACCCGAUGUUUGUCAUGAACUGAUGGGUCAUGUUCCUCUCUUUGCCGAUCCUGACUUUGCUCAGUUCUGUCAAGAAAUUGGUUUGGCCUCCUUGGGUGCCCCCGAUGAUUAUGUGGAGAAAUUGGCCACUAUUUUCUGGUUUACUGUGGAGUUCGGUCUGUGCCGCCAGGAGGGUGAAUUGAAAGCCUAUGGUGCCGGUUUACUCUCCUCAUAUGGUGAAUUGCAAUACUGCCUAAGUGGCAAACCACAAUUGAAGGAUUUCGAUCCCGAGGUAACAGGCAUUACCAAGUACCCAAUCACACAAUUCCAGGAAGUCUACUAUGUUGCGGAUAGUUUUGAGAAUGCCAAGGAGAAAACAAUUAAAUUUGCCAAUUCCAUUCCCCGUCCCUUUGGAGUGCGCUACAAUGCCUACACCCAAAGUAUUGAAGUUUUGGACUCCAAACAUCAAAUCUCGAAUUUAAUGAACAACAUCAAUUCGGAAUUCCUAAUAUUGCAGAAUGCCGUGCAAAAAUUGAAGGUUUAAUGAUGCAUCAUACCUUGCUGCAUAUAUUCCCACUGUUGCAUUUUUAGUGUUUAUGUCUUGUUUUACUAUAGUUAAGCAUUUUUAUGAAUUAUUUAAUAUUUGUUAAACAAAAAUAACAGAAAGUUUCAUAUAUGAAAGCAUACAAAAUAAAUAAAAAUUGAGCUCGAUUGAGUUAAAUAAAAAUUGAGUUUUAAGAGUAAGAAGUUGAACAAUAUCCACCAAACGAAUUAUUUCUACACUGAAAGAAAACAAAUAAAGUCGAAUCUUGUACACCCUCUACCAUGGA